AUGAGUCGCAACGCUGUCGUGCUCGGCACCAUCCACUUUGAAGAGCUCCCUCUUCUCAUGGGAGACCACGACAGCUAUCUUGACAUACUACCUUCCGCGAUUGAAGAGGAUGAGGACGAUGGCCGUUCCUUGCUGUAUCUGUUCGACGACAAUGACUUCGAACGAGCAGCUGCUAUCCUCGCUGUCGAAGAAACGCGUCAACAGGCCGAGGUCGAAGCAGUGGCCGAAGCGCUGAUCGAAGCAGAAGUGCAGCGACAGAGGACCAAUGAGCUAGCAGACCGUCUCCGACGACUUAUGGACGAGGACGAUGAGCUCGUCGAAUUGCUAGGCAGGCGACUUCUUGCAACCAAUGGAUUCCAGGUGCCUGACCUCUGGACCCCUCCCCAUCGUCACCACGGUCACCACCAUGGUCAACAUCACGGUCAUCAUCAUGGUCAUCCGCGAGGUCAUCAUCACGGUCGACGACAUCGUGCUCAUCACGGACAUGAGCGCAGAGCGGAAGAAACCGCGGCGGCGGACGAGCUUGUCGACCAGGCGGAUAUUUGGCAGUAUGGCUUUGCCAAUCCUUUCAUCCAUGCCGCGCCCGUGAUGCUCCGCGGACACGCGCCUUACAAGCCCAGACCUGCUCAGAAUGCUGCUGUGCCAUCGCGGGCCCCCACGGCAUCUUCCGCUUCUUCCUCGGCUACCAAGGCUCGAGCUCCGACUCACGCGCAGAUCGCAAUUCACCCUAUCACGGGUGUACCCAUGCUCUUUGUCGAGGAAGACGCCGAUGCUGAGGAGGUCUCUCACGGGGGCGAAGCUGCGAUGAACGAGUACGACGAGAGCGAGGACGAAGCGGACGAAUGGCCCAUCGAUGACGAAUCUGAUCUCGACUGGCUUGGUCAGGAGAUCUUGCGCCGUCACGGUGGCGCCGAUGUUUGGGUGCUCGGAACUGAUAACGAUGUGAAGGCACACAAGCAGGCCUCGACCUCGCCGGUAGCUGGCGAGUCCUUGUCGCCGUCAAAAAGUGGAGCUGCCGCAGCCACCGCAAAGCAGGCUGAGACAAUUCCCGUGCACUUGCCCACCGCGGUCGAGGAGGUCGACAGCAACCACGAGCUCGCCAACAUUGGCAGCUCCCUCUCUAGCCGAAGUGAAGCAGCCUCCAAUCCUAGCAGUCCAUCCCAACGUGUCGCUGCUGCACUAGCUCGAGCCGCUCUGCGCAGUCCUAGCGGCGGCAGCGAGAAGCAGACCUCGAACACUACCGGUAAGGCAAGGCGACCUCGCAGUGCCACCGUCAUGUCCGAGUCGGAAGAGGAAGUGCUAGAAACCGUCGGAAGACCGGUGGAGGAGGAUGAGAAGGAUGAGUCCAUGGACGACGCGGGCAGUCUCAAUGAUCGUCCCAGGAAGUCGAUCAAGGUGGUGGAUGUGCGGACGAAGGGGUGA